AUGGCACGAAACAUCCGCCCCGCGACUGCUCCCUACAGUGAACCUCUUCUCCCUCAGCUCGACGUUCGCAAUCCUUACUAUACUGAUCUGCAUCACGACUUGCGUGCAUGGGUCCGCGACUACGUGGAAACUUCAAUUGCACCGCAUGCACAGGAGUGGGAACUAGCUGGACAGGUACCCGAAACUGUCCGGCGACGUCAUUGCGAGCUCGGAUUCGGCAUCGUUCAUCCUCUGACCACGGAGGAGCAUUCAGCAGGUCUUGCACUUCCGGGCAAUGUACCUCGGGACAAGUGGGAUACGUGGUGCUCAUUGAUUGUGAACGAUGAAUUGACUCGCGUGGGCUUUGUUGGUGUCAUUUGGGGCCUUGGUGGAGGCAACGGCAUUGGUUGUCCACCCAUUGCGAAGUUUGGCACGCCAUCACAGCAGCAGCGCUGGCUUCCUGGUGUCGCGAGAGGCGAUAUUCGAUUUUGCCUGGGAAUUACAGAGCCCGACGCGGGCUCAGAUGUCGCAGGCAUCAAGACCACCGCGAAACGCGAGGGCGACCACUACCUUGUCAACGGAGCCAAAAAAUGGAUCACGAAUGGCAUUUGGGCGGAUUACUGUACGGCUGCCGUACGAACUGGUGGGCCUGGGCAGUCGGGUAUCAGUCUGCUUGUGAUCCCCUUGAAAGCCAAGGGAGUGACUCGUAGACGGAUGUUUAAUUCCGGCGUGAAUGCCAGUGGUUCAACCUUUCUUGAAUUCGACGACGUCCGUGUUCCAGUUGACCACCUUAUUGGUGAAGAGAACAAGGGCUUCCCUCUUAUCAUGUCAAACUUUAACCCGGAACGCCUCGCACUCGCAUGUGCUUCUCUCCGCCUUGCUCGUGUCUGUGCAGAAGACGCGUUUCACUAUGCUGUUCAACGCGAAACUUUUGGAUCACCUUUAAUCCAGAAGCAAGCUAUUCAAGCCAAAAUUUUCAAGUUCGGCCUCAUGAUUGAGCCAGCAUACGCAUUUAUGGAGCAACUUGUGAACAUCUUAGAGCUGACCAAGAAUCGACCCGUUGACGACGUCAACAUCGGGGGCAUGACCGCUCUUCUGAAGGUGAUGUCGACAAGAGCCUUGGAGAAGAGUGUUCGCGAGGCUCAGCAGAUCCUCGGGGGCGCAGGCUACAACAAGGCAGGUAAAGGGGCACGAAUCGAGCAGAUCAGUCGCGAUGCCCGAGUGCAUGUCGUCGGUGGUGGGAGUGAAGAGAUUAUGGCUAGUCUGGCACUGAAGGAGGAAACAAAGGCGCUUCGAACUCGACGAAUGGCGCUGGAGAAGCGACAGUCAAAAGUUUGA